AUGCCUGCUCCUCACGGUGGUGUACUACAAGAUCUAGUUGCUAGAGAUGCUUCUAAGAGAGACUCGCUCUUGAGCGAGUCUCAACAAUUGAGUCAAUGGACUCUGACCGCCAGACAGAUAUGUGAUAUCGAGUUGAUCCUGAACGGUGGGUUCUCCCCGCUGACUGGUUUCUUGGCCCAAGAGGAUUACAACGGUGUGGUCCACAACUCUAGGCUGAGCGAUGGUACUCUAUGGACCAUGCCAAUCACACUGGAUGUGCCAGAGCAAUUCGCCAACUCUGUUAAGCCCAACCAGAGAAUUGCCUUGCUGCAAGACGGCACCAUACCAGUUGCUAUCUUGACUGUGAAGGACAUCUACAAGCCCGACAAGAGCGUAGAAGCUGAGAAAGUGUUCAGAGGUGACCCAGAACACCCCGCCAUCAACUACUUGUUCAACACUGCUGGUGACUACUACAUCGGUGGUGCCUUGGACGCCAUCCAGCUGCCACAGCAUUACGACUACCCUGGCCUACGUAAGACCCCUGCUCAAUUGAGACUGGAGUUCCAGUCUAGACAAUGGGACCGUGUCGUUGCCUUCCAGACCAGGAACCCAAUGCACAGAGCACACAGAGAGUUGACCGUGCGUGCCGCUAGAGAAACAAACGCCAAAGUGCUGAUCCACCCCGUGGUCGGCUUGACCAAGCCAGGUGACAUCGACCACCACACUAGAGUCCGUGUAUACCAGGAGAUCAUCAAGAGAUAUCCAAAUGGUAUCGCCUUCUUGUCCCUGUUGCCAUUGGCCAUGAGAAUGGGUGGUGACAGAGAAGCUGUGUGGCACGCAAUCAUCAGAAAGAACUACGGUGCUUCUCACUUCAUUGUGGGCAGAGAUCACGCUGGCCCAGGUAGCAACUCCAAGGGUGUGGACUUCUACGGCCCAUACGACGCCCAGGAGUUGGUCGAGUCCUACAAGAACGAGCUGGAUAUCGACGUUGUGCCAUUCAGAAUGGUCACUUACUUGCCAGACGAGGACAGAUACGCCCCAAUUGACGAGAUCGACACUUCAAAGACCAGAACUCUGAACAUCUCCGGUACUGAACUGAGAAAACGUUUAAGAGACGGUGGUGAAAUCCCUGAGUGGUUCUCAUACCCUGAAGUGGUCAAGAUCCUAAGGGAAUCGAACCCACCAAGACCAAAACAAGGUUUUGCUCUGGUCUUCAACGAUGACAUCAAGGUGGACCGUGAUCAAUUGAGCAUCGCUCUGUUGUCCACAUUCUUACAGUUCGGUGGUGGAAGACAUUACAAGAUCUACGACCACAACGAUAAACCUGAAUUUUUGGAGUUGAUCUCCGAUUUCGUUCAAGCCGGCAGUGGUUUGAUCAUUCCAUCCACUUGGUCCGCAAGCAACAAGGUUAACUCCGCCAACGUCUACACCAUUGGCCACGCCAAAGACGCUGACAUCAAACUUGCAUCCACGGAAGAGACCAUUUUCCAUAUAGUCCAGAAAGUUGUGCUAUUCUUGGAGGACAACCAUUUCAUCCAAUUCUAA